GGAGUGGUGAUUAGGUCGUCUACGACGAAAAAUUACGUAUUUUAUAUGGUUCAUGGCCGUAUCAAGGCUUGUGUUUGUAAUAUGUUAUAGUACAAAUAGUUUGACAAGUGUGUUAUUAUUUGCAGUGCGCUAAACUAACGUUAAAGUGUGUAAUUAACCAAGUUAACAUUGGACAUGACGUUUACUACGGUGUUUGCGCUUGUGUGACGUUUACUAUAGUGUGAAUGUGCGUUCUUACGGACGUCAUUGCCGUUGGAGCGAAUCUUUUAACGGGAUGCUUUUUGAGAAUUGUCAUUUUGCGCUCAAAAUACCACGAGCAGAGGUGCAUUAAACUGUGAAAAAGAUCAGACGCAUUCAAGAUGGCGGAUCGAAUGGCGAAUCGACUCGCACAUCAGUGUGUACAGCGCCAUCUGUUAGCGGCGCUGGACAAUCGCUUCAGCGGUUUACGUUAUUUUAAAUAGUCAUUUGCUUGUUGACUUUCGUGUAGUGAUGUGAUGUUGUUUAGUGUUAAGUGUUGUGUUGUGUUAAUUGUGAAUAAUGUCGGAGGAGCGGUCGCGGCGGCUGUCGCAGAUUUUCGACCCACUGUCUCGGUUCACGGACAUAAGCGGGGCGGGCCACUCGGCGAGCACGCCGAACAGCCCACGCCUGCUGCCGCGCCGCUCGAGAGAGCCGCCGCCUCCACCGCCUAGACCUCUCGGCCAUUCCUCACACUUGGAUCCUUUGGAGUUUGAGCUGGCGGCGGCUGAGUUCGGCGGCGUCAACUGGCAGGAGAGGUGUCUGGAGCUACAAUUGGAGUUGCACCGGAGUCGUCAUCAGGCCACCAGGGUGCGCGACAUGCUCAGAGAUAAGCUUUCGGAGCUGGAGCAGCGGGUUCUGGAAGCCGAGGGGAGAGCUGAAGAAGCGGAGGACAAGGUCCGCGCCAUGGAGCAGCGGCUCUGCGAGUGGCCGGCGGGUGCUGAGGGCGCUCCGAGAGCCAUCUCGCGGCUAGAGGGGCAAAUUGAAGAACAGAAGCAGCUGCGACUCCAAGACGCGAAGCAGGUGGAAGCUAAAGCCGCCAGGAUCAAAGAGUGGGUGACCAACAAGCUACGAGAGCUGGAGCAGCAGAAUCAGCUACUGAGGGAGCAAAACGACCGCUGCAAUCAACAGCUGGAACUCCUCAGGAAUCACAUCGCUACACAGGGCACCCGGAAUUGUGUUUUACCUACUCGAGCGAGUCUAUCCCUCGAGGUGAGGAGUGAGGAAGCUUCCAGAACUUCGACGAGCCUUUUGGCCGCGAACAGACGUCGAUCAGAGAGCCUUGAAGGGCCCCAGUUACCCAACUCGGAGCCUCACUACAGCACACCGGCGAGACAUCGAAGGAACUUGUCUAUUGGUGCUACAAAUCUUAUGCAGAGUACUAACGUUGCCAACCAAGCUCUUAACACUAUGAAUAGGACGAUGGAUGAGAGGACCACAGCUACCUUGCUUGCUGAUGAUUUAGCGGCUGCAGUAGAAAAUCUAGUAGUUUUACCAACGACGCCUAACACAUCGACUGACGGAGAUACGACACACGAUUACGCUGAGAUUUAUACACCUAGUAGAGAACGUACACCGGCGUGGCAAGGCGCUGUAAACGUGGUGGUGCAGGGACACAGCCGCGGCUCCACUGCAGACAGCUCCGCCUCCGACAACCCGCGACCACCCACACCCCCACUGCACCGCUUCCCCAGCUGGGAGGCCAAGAUAUACCAGGUGGCAGACGACGGUCUCCAACAGUCGGUGGAGGAGGAACUGAGCCCACCUCCCUGUCCUCGGCCAAUGCACGAGUCCACCAGUUACCAGGAUAUAUCUGUGCCUGUGUACGCCACGGUUAAAGGAAGAGCGAGUCAGAUCAGAUCGAUGCCGUUUACAGGAGACUCAUCCGAUGACUCCUCGGAUGGGGAGGAGUCGAUGGGCGUUACCGUUCACAACACGCCACAUCACAAUCCUUAUGGUGGACAUUCAUCAAACCAGAUGCCAAUGAACAACGUAACCAUGACGAGCAUAUUACCAAGCUCCAUACAGCAGUCGAGCCAUGGUCUGCUGGCCAACACCAACGGUCAGUGCAGCUCCUCCGACACCAGCCUCAGCGCCAGCAGCCCCUCCAAGAGUGUGAAGACCAGCUCCAGUCUCAGUCCCGCCAAGAGAUCCAGUAGUGGCUCUCCCAGUAAACAGAGCAAGACUAGAGACACGUCAUUUGAGUCAGGCAUGUCUGACGACUACGCGAUACCUCCGGACGCGGGCUCGUGCGAGGGGGCGUGUCGCACUCCGGCCGGCAGCGGAGCCCCGCCCUCCGGACUGAACGCCCCGCCCAUGUGUCCCGGAGCCCCGCCCCAUGGCGCUGCAGGAACACUGCCCACCAGCUCCUUAGCACUCGGAGCGGGAGGAUCAGGAGGCUUAUCUGAUUCCCCACGACGACAUGAUGCUUUAGAAAAGAGCGGACAUCUUGCGAAAUUGGGAGGGAAACUGAAGACCUGGAGAAAAAGAUGGUUUGUAUUGAAAAAUGGCACCCUAUCGUAUUGGAAGUCGCAAUCAGAAGUGAACAGAAAGCCUCAAGGUCAGAUAGGUCUGGGCGAGGCCUGCAAGAUAUCCCGGAAUGAAGGUGCUGCCACUUUCGAGAUAUUCACUGGUAGCCGCACUUACUACCUCACAGCUGAUAGUAUAGCUACUAUGGAGGACUGGAUUAGAGUAUUACAGAAUGUACAAAGAAGAAAUGCAACAAAGCUGUUGUUAAGCAAGGAGGACAACAAGCCGACUAUCCAGGGUUGGCUGACCAAGGUGAAGAAUGGCCAUGCCAAGAAGAGCUGGUGUGUUCUCAUUGGGAAAAUGUUCCUGUACUUCAAAUCACCCGGUGAUCAAAAUCCAACUGGUCAGAUAAACAUGAGGGAUGCUCGUGUGGAGGAUGUGGAGCACACCUCGGACUCUGACUCUGAGGAGAAGAACGAUGACGCGCGCAGUCAUCUCACUGUCGCCAUCUACCCGCAGCAUCAGGUAACUGCGGGUCCUACAUACCUGCUGUUCGAGAGCAAAGCGGACAAGGACGCGUGGUUGUACCAACUGACGGUGGUGAGCGGUGGAGGGCUCAGCCAGGGCACACACUUUGAGCACUUAGUGCAUAAACUCAUGGAGACUGAUGGAGACCCUAAUUGCGUGCUCUGGCGACAUCCGACGUUGUUGUACUCAAAGGAGAACAUUACGUCACCGCUGACGUCACUCAACUCUGAGGCGCUGCAGGCGGAGGCAUUAAAGCUUUUCAAAUGCGUGCAGCUGUUCAUGUCAGUGGCGGUGGAGCAGGCGGGCAUCGACUACCACGUGGUGCUGGCGCAGAACGCGCUGCAGCAGUGCCUGGAGGUGGGCGAGCUGCAGGCGGAGCUGGCCGCGUGCCUGGCCAAGCAGACCGCGCCGCACACGCACACCAAGCACGGCGUGCAGCAACUGCUGCUGUGCGCGACUCAGUCGCUGUUCACUUGCGACACGGGCGGGUCGUCUGUCGGUGACGCCAAGAGCGGCGACCUGCCGCCGCAUGCUGCAGGCUCGCCCAGCUCCAUACAGGCGCCUUUAUUGUCAGUGGACUGCAAGAGCAACCCGCCUACGUACAGCUUCGUGCAGGGCUGGCAGCUACUUGCUCUCGCCGUCAGUCUCUUUGUGCCAAGAAACAAUCGGUUGCUGUGGUACUUGAAACUGCAUCUCAGUAGGCACGCUGAUUCUAAAACGGAAUGCGGCAAGUACGCGGCGUACUGCGCACGCGCACUGGAACGUACGAUACGUAACGGUGGUAGAGAGGACAAGCCGUCGCGUAUGGAGGUCCUGUCUAUACUGCUCAAGAACCCAUACCACCAUUGUCUGCCCCAUGCUAUACCUGUUCACAUGCUCAAUAAUACAUACCAGGUGAUAAGUUUCGAUGGGUCGACGACGGUGGAAGAAUUUCUGUCGACACUGAGCUCAGAGUUGGGUUGUCGCGAGGCCGCAGCUUCGGGCUUCGCGUUGUUCAGCGACGACCCCAUAGAGAAAGAUCUAGAACAUCACAUCAAACCUGAUAAAAAGUUAUGCGACGUGAUAUCAAAAUGGGAGACGGCACUUAGAGAGAAGGGUUCAGGCAAGUUUGAGAACUCUCGCGUCAUCAGACUGACGUACCGCAACAGGUUGUAUUUCAAGAGUUCCGUACGCACUGAGACUGACAAGGAGAGGCUGCUGCUCUGCUAUCAGGUCAAUCAUCAAGUGGUGGGGGGGAGGUUCCCGGUGACACGCGAGCUGGCGGCUGAGCUGGGCGCGCUGAUGGCUCAGCUGGAUAUGGGGGACCACUCGCCAGCCAAUGCGCAGCACGCGCAGCCUCUCGCACACCGCUUCUACCCGUACAGAUAUAGAGCUGGAUUGAAUAAUGAUGAACUGAGGGAUAUAGAAGAAAAGCUACGUUCUAAAUGGAUAGCACUAAAGGGGAGAAGUACCGCUGACUGUGUUAGAAUAUACCUCAACUGUACCAGGAAAUGGCCAUUCUUUGGUGCUACAUUGUUUCAAGCUCGGAUAAAACAACCCGAUCUAUCUCUAGUUUGGUUGGCGGUGUCUGAAGAGGGCGUUACUGUGUUAGAGUUGGCUUCCAUGAGUGUCAUCGGCAGAUACACGCUCAACUCCAUUGGACUUUUCGGCGGAUUACAGGACGAUUUGAUGAUGUUAAUAGACGCAGAAGAUGCUACAAGUCCUGUACACAAGAUGCUAGUCAGUCUCAACAAGCCUAAAAUGGUUGAACUAACUCAUUUAAUCGCGGACUACAAGAAUGCGCUCCUCCGCGCCGGGGGCACUGCCACGCCACAAAUGAACUCACUCACAAGAAAUGGUUCUCAUCGUUCUAUCCGCAAACCAACCUCCACAAUACCACACUCCAGCCCCUCCACAUUACCACACGCACAUCUCAGCCACUCCCACACUCACCACACACAUCACACAACAGGACAUAACACCCUCAACUCACAUGCCACCACAAUGACACUAGGCUCAGAUAGGAAUGCGACUUUAACACUAAGCUCGCACACAUCCACUUUCAACCAACACAUUGAAGCUAGAGUCCUAUCUCACGGACAACCCGACAUAUUAAAAUCGACCCCAGAUCAUCAUAGAAGUGAAAAGAAACGAAGUCACACACAAGAUAGUGGGGUUGCGUGAUCUUAAGUUAAUAUAUCAUGAAAAAAGGACUUUCUCGCUUGUAAAUUGUGAUGUAAUUUUUUUUUAAAUGUCUGAACGGUCGUAUUCUAAAUAUACCUCAUAUUUUGUAGUCUGCCUUUUAUAUGAUUGGCAUUAUCUAGCUAGGAAUGUAAAAAGCCGCCAUAUUGCGGAAAUAUAAUGAACUAAUUUAAAACGAUUGAGGCGCCAUCUGGCUUUUUUAUUUCAGUUAGGCUAGAUCUAGAUUAAUUAUAGAAUGUCUGAUCGAAUAGCAGAUAAUA